AUGGUUCAGGCUCAGGAAUAUAUCAAUAACCUUUAUCCUGUUUCAGAUAGAGAAAAUAAAGUUUGCCUAAACUUAACAAAUAAAGAAUUAGAAGAAGAACUUAACUUAAGAGAAUUCAAAAAUCUAGAAAUAUUGAUUUGUUCACUUAACAAACUUACUAGUUUAGAUUUGGAAUGCUCAGCAAAUAAUCUUCAAGAAUUAGAUAUUAGUGGUUGUCCUAAUAUUGAAUUUUUGAGUGCUUAUACUGGCAAUAAUCUUCCCCUACCACAAACUGGCAGCAAAGAAAUUUCAAUAUUAAGAAGAUCCGAUAUUUCUGAUCUCAAAAAAUAUUUAGAAGAAUAUGAUUUUUCUCGAGCGGGAGACAUUCAAUAUCAUAAAAUUUGUGGUUCUAAAGUAACUGAAGACAAAUUCACAAUGCACAAAAAGCCGAUUGAUGUUAAAGGCAAAAUAAUAAUAAAGCCUUUUGAAAUACUUGAUAAUACGGCACUUGAUAACUUAGCUAAUAAGUAUUUGGCACGUUGUCUCAUUAUCCAAAAUCGCUUAAUUGAAGGAGAAAAUAAAGAAUAUGAAAGCGAGAUUAAUGAUUUAGCAGAAGGGUAUCAACUUUGUAAUUAUAUGGAAAUUCGUCAUUCGCCAUUAAGAUUAGGUCAAAAAGUCAAAGAAGUUCUGGAAGGAAAAGACAAUAAUUCUUUAAAAAGUAUUGUUUCUCUUCCCUACUAUCGUCGCAAUUGA